GUACUAUCAGCACCGAAUCUCCUCACUCGUCUUGUCCUUUCUUCUAAAGAUCCGGACUUCCCCGUAGAAUGUCUCGUUCGAAUCUUUGUCGCUCGUUUUGACUCUUUCGAAGCUGUUGCCGAUAAGGCUGAGAAGUUGUGGUACAACUCAUCGUUCCAUUUGAAACCAGAAAUGGCUGAGCCGCUCAUUGAUAAAUGUGUGUCUGAUGUCGCUUUUGUUCGUGAAUCAGCUGCCAAUGCUACUGCGGCUUUCGUCCAAGAGAUCGCCACCAGUAUCCCUGUUCUUCUGAAUAAACUUGAUGACGUGUAUACGGACUUGGCGCAAAUACGCCCUGCAGUGUAUGAUGAAGUUGGAAGGAUGGUCAUGGAAAGCAGGGAUGAGUGGGCCAAACGUAGCGGAGUUGGACUUGUAUUGGGACGAUUAGCUGAGCACGUGAAAGUGGAAGACGCAAUGCGGUUUAUUAAACUUAUUGCUCCUCAUGGACUAGCCGAUCGCAGCGCAGAGUGUCGUAAUGGGAUGCGUAACGCUGCCGUGGAAGUUAUUCGUAAGCACGGAAAGGAUAUAAUGCCUGAACUGCUGCCAUUUUUGGGGCUUGUUGUACUACUUGGAACCCUGGCUCAAUAUCUAGAUCCAUCUUCGGAUAAGGUGCGAGCUAUCGUUGCACGCCUCAUGGAAGCACUUUCAACUCCUAGCCAAGCGGUUCAAGAAUCGGUAUCGCGUUGCUUAUCGCCGCUGGUUCCUGCAAUCAAGGAUACGGUGAAAUCAUUGGUACAGAAACUGCAGUGGCUGUUGUUCGAAGCUGAAUCUUAUGGUGAACGAAGAGGAGCUGCUUACGGUAUCGGUGGAAUUGUUAAAGGAUUGGGAGUGGCUUCGUUGAAGGAAUUAGAACUUUUGCCAGCUAUUCACAAAGCACUUCUCGAGAAGAAGAACGUUAAGCACCGCGAAGGUGGACUGCUAGCACUAGAGAUCCUGUGUAGCACUGUUGGAAAGCUGUUUGAGCCGUACAUGAUCCAGACAUUGCCUUCUCUUCUACUUUGCUUUGGUGAUAGCGAUGAGAACGUCAGAAAGGCAGCUGAGGAUACUGCUGUAGCAAUGAUGUCAUCAAUGUCACCACAUGGAACGAAACUUGUAUUACCUUCGCUCCUUACGGCGCUGGAUGAUGAGUCUUGGCGAACAAAGUGUGCAGCGGCUGAGCUACUUGGUUCGAUGGCCUUUUGCGCACCGCGGCAGUUGUCGGCAUGCUUACCGAACAUCGUCCCCAAGCUUAUCGAAGUUUUAGCUGAUUCAUCAUCUAAGGUUCAACGAAGUGGCGAAAAAGCGCUAAGACAAAUUGCUAGUGUCAUAAGAAACCCUGAAAUCUUAGGAGCCGUUCUCAAUACUAAAUUCAUUCACUACAUCGAUGCGCCUUCUCUAGCUCUUAUAAUGCCGAUAGUUCGACGAGCAUUCGAAGACAGGAAUAGUGAAACUAGGAAGGUUGCCGCGCAAAUUAUAGCCAGCAUCUAUUCACUCACUGAAAAUAAGGACAUGGAGCCAUACCUGUGUGAUCUGGUACCUGGAUUACAAAAGUCGCUCUUGGAUCCAGUGCCUGAGAUUCGUACA